AUGCCUCCCUUCCAGCCUUUCGCGGCCCCUUGGUCGCGGAGCGCACGUCGCGACGAAAUCCCCACGACGCCUGAGCCUACUCUCGCAGGCCAAGUACAACCCCCGUCGCCCCCGCGACCGCGAUUCCGAGUCAAGAGGAGGAAUGCGUCUAAUCUCAAUGCACCCACCCAACAAUUCCUUGCGUCAGUUGCCGCGGCCGAUAUCCCCAUUCCCAGUAUUGAGGAGCCCCGCGUUAUGGACGAGGAGAUGGAAGACACUAUGUAUCCUAUUUCACAACUGAGCGACAUGGAGGACAUGCCUCUGACACCGCACGGCGGCUCGGACCGCAUGUUCUCACCUCCCAAGACUCCCGCCCCCGGCGCCUUGCCUGAGCUCUCCCCGAAACAGUAUCCGAACUGGUCUAUCGACUCGACUCUCAGUAGCCUCGAGUCUAGCCCAGACUACGAAUCCAGUCGGCCUUCUACUGCCCACUCUACUCACACUAGCACAUCCCUGCUCAGCUAUUUCUCCAUCAGCUCAGAGGAACUGAGCCAAUGUGUGAGUCCGGACACCGAGAAGGCUGAUAACUUUGCCGAGCUGUCAUCCGUCGAGGAUAACGAUAAGACGAUCAAGGCGCCCCAAAAGGCAGUUCCUAGAGAUACACUGCGGAGGGCGCCGUGGACAAGGCCUAUGAUUCACCACCUGUGGUCCACAUAUACGAUGUACCUGCAGGAUCCCAAAGUCACACCUUUCCGCGUUGGCAAGAGUGGUAUUCCCCCUCACGGAGUCUGCUUGCGAGUUGCUCGAGAGGCCAAGAGAAGCUGGAGAGGAUCCAAGGCCCAAGCCAGUGCCGCCGACCAGAACAGCGGUAGUGCUACCCCCACCGCCCAGGGACCCUCUGGCCCAUAUGUGCAGUGGCCUCACACUUGUGCCGCUACCCGUGCUCAACUCCGCGAGCUUUGUAAGAUGAGCGUCCGGACAAACGCGCGUGGUAACCAACAUGUUGUUCCUAGCCCAACCCCAUACGGAAACUCGGCCGCUCGAUUCUGGAAUCGCCGUGCUGGACUCGCCCGUUCGCCUUCGGUCUUCUCAGGUCAAGAUAUGGCCAUGUCAUUGGCGGUCAGCACCUCUGAAUCUAUGCAGCUACAAGGUCCUCUGGCCCAGCUCACCAAUUCUCAACCUGAUGAUGAGCUCCCAUCUCCGCCACCAAAUGUUGAAUCCUUGGCGCCCGUUGCUGGAGUUGAGCCGCUCGAGUCGGAACGAACCCGGCUCGCUUCUCCCUUCCCUAUGCAUAGCUACGGGCCUAGCUCGAGCUCGUCAAGCUCCCUACCCUCAAGCUUCGUCGUGGACGCGAAGCAGCAGCGACAAACCCACACGGGCGGCCCGCGCCGUGUUUUGAUGUCCCCAGUCCGACUCACGCGCAGCCGAUCCACCCAGAAGCGCCGGACCAAGCAAGCCAUGCACGAGCCUAGAAAGACCAAGCGACCUAGCCUUGGUUCGGAUCUCUGGGUGGACCCCGCCUCUAUUAUCGAUAUUACAUCAGACACCGACGCACUUCUUCGCCGGGAGCAGGAAGAGCAUCAAAUGGCUCUUGACGAGAUUGAGAAGACGAUCGCGCCAUGCAAGAAUUUGCAACAGCUCUUCGAAGCUUCUCAGCCGGCAGCUGGCGAUCAUAACAUGCUGGCUCCUCCCGUCACCGAGGUUCCCCGACGACUUGGCUCGCCCUUCUCUUUGAGCGGCUCUAGCUUCUCAUACCCCAACCGACUCUCACACGGCAAUGGCGUCGAUGCUGAUGCCGCUCGCCGUCCCUUUGCCACGGUUCAGCAGUUGAGCGUGAGCGAGAACACGCCUGCUGUUACCCGAUCUUCCCUCGCAAGCCGACUUGCCUACAUCGACGAACGACUUAAGGACUUCCGCCGUCGAGACCGGCCCCGCCGCCGAUCCGAAUCACCUCUCUAA